AGCGGUGCCGGAAGUACUCGGGGAGGGCCGAGCAGUCGGACAGGCUGCUGAGACGAACGCUUCACUGGGGCAGUCUCCGCAUAUCAUGGGGAGAUAGACGCUGCUGCCUGUGAGUCUUGGGCCCUGGCAGUUGAAGAAGAGCGGGAGGAAGGAGUCAGGACCCAGACCCACAGUGGUAGCUUUUGAAAUGGCUGCCUCUCAUUUCACCGGGCUCACAGCCGUUGCUGAUGUAAUUAAAGAUCUAGACACUCAGAUAGCUUUGAUUGGCCUUGGUCCUCAUAGCUCCAAAAAGAAACAAGAUCUCGAUAAGCUCUAUGAGCUGAAGUCCAAAGCAAGACAGAUUAUGAACCAGUUUGGUCCCUCAGCCCUAAUCAACCUGUCCAAUUUCUCAUCAAUAAAACCGGAACCAGCGAGCACCCCUCCACAAGGCUCCAUGGCCAAUAGCACUGCAGUGGUAAAGAUCCCAGGCACUCCUGGGACAGGAGGGCGUCUCAGCCCUGAAAACAAUCAGGUAUUGACCAAGAAGAAGUUACAGGACUUAGUAAGAGAAGUGGAUCCUAAUGAGCAAUUGGAUGAAGAUGUGGAGGAGAUGCUGCUGCAGAUUGCUGAUGAUUUUAUUGAGAGUGUGGUGACAGCUGCCUGCCAGCUUGCUCGGCAUCGCAAGUCCAGCACCCUGGAGGUGAAAGAUGUCCAGUUGCAUCUAGAACGCCAGUGGAACAUGUGGAUCCCAGGGUUUGGCUCUGAAGAAAUCCGACCCUACAAAAAAGCUUGCACCACAGAAGCUCACAAACAGAGAAUGGCGUUGAUCCGGAAAACAACCAAGAAAUAACGCACGGAAAGCUCAGGGGAUGGACAGCAAUGUAUUUGGAGAUACUUGAGCUGAGACCUCAGCCAUCUCAUCCUUGGAUUUUUUUUUUUUUAAUGCUUUACAGAGAAGCAUAUAUUUUUUAUUAACAGUGCAGCAAUAUCUAUAAUGACUGAGAGGAUCUGCCAAGAGAAUAAAGCCUCCUACCCCAACUUGCAGUCCUUGUUCCCUGCUGUCUCAAAGAAGAGCAGUGUAUCUUCCAGAGAAGAUUUUAUUUGUGGUUUAUUAUGUAAGUGAUUGAAUAGGGGACAAAGCAUUAUGGUCUUGUUUGGUGAGAGAGUAUUAAUAUUAGCAGGAUUUGUAGAGGUUUCUGUUCCCUUCUCCCUCCCUCUUCUCCCUGUACUUUGUAAUGUCAGUGUUUAUAUGAAUAUGACUUUCAUUUGCUUUUCCAGAAUAAAGAAGUUAUUUAUCGAAAGAAA